GCUAUCACAGUGCUUAACGCGAUCACCGCUGCAUCCGGAGUCCAGCAUGAAGCUCUCUGUCAUCUGUGUUGUUCUGGGAUGCCUCGCUUCAGCGAAGGCCGCACCAAUGGAUCCCAGAAUCAGAUGGUGUUUAAAGUCAGAGCAAGAGACUCAGAAAUGCAGACAGCUGGCGUUAAAACUGGACUUGCUGAGCUGUGUGAAGCGGGAGGGAUCCAUGGAAUGCAUAAAAGCCAUCAAGAAUGGUGAUGCAGAUGCCAUCACUCUGGACGGAGGAGAUAUCUACACGGCAGGUCUUGCACCAUACAACCUUCACCCCAUCAUCGCAGAGCAUUACGGCACAGAUGAAGAGACGUGCUACUACGCUGUAGCUGUAGCAAAGAAAGGCACGAAUUUUGGCUUCAAUGAUCUUCGUGGGAAGAAGACCUGUCACACUGGUUUGGGGCAAACCGCAGGCUGGAACAUCCCUAUCGGCACUCUCAUCUCCGCUGGACAUAUCAAAUGGGCAGGGAUCGAGGACAAACCUGUGGAAGAAGCGGUAAAGGAAUUAUUUCCAGCCAGUUGUGUGCCUGGAGCAGUCUUUAAGCAGAGACUGUGCGCGUUGUGUAAAGGCGACUGCUCACGCUCUCACAAGGAGCCGUAUUACGGUCACGAUGGAGCUUUCCAGUGCCUGAAGGACGGAGCUGGAGAUGUCGCCUUUGUGAACCAUUUCACAGUGCUUACGGGUGAUAAGGCCAACUAUGAGCUGCUGUGCAGAGAUGGCUCUCGGAAAAGCGCAGACGAGUUUAAAACCUGCAACCUGGCUCAGGUUCCUGCUGAUGCUGUGGUUAGUCGCAAAGACAAACAACUGGCCAACCAUAUCUAUGACCUUCUUAAUCAGCUCAAGGACAAAGGUAUCUUCUCUUCUGAUGGCUUCUCAGCAAAAAACCUGAUGUUCAAAGACUCAACGAAAUCACUGAUGAAGCUGCCAGAGAGCACAGAUUCUUUCCUGUACCUAGGAGAAGAGUUUAUAGCCACUAGCCAUGCUCUAACAAAAGGGUUCAGUACAAGCAGCAAACCUCAUGAAAUCACAUGGUGCACCGUGGGUCAUGCUGAGAGAAAUAAAUGUGACAUGUGGACCUUCAUGAGCGUGGAUGAUCAGAGCAACAUCAGGAUCGAGUGCCAGGAUGGAAACACUGUCGAUGACUGCAUCAGCAAAAUCAUGCGUAAAGAAGCUGAUGCAAUGGCGGUUGAUGGUGGACAGGUGUACUCUGCUGGGAUGUGUGGUCUGGUGGUGGCCAUGGUCGAAGAGUAUAACAAUGAAUCAAAGUGCAAUUUUGGAUCUGCAGAUACAUCAUCCUAUUAUGCUGUGGCUGUGGUGCGCAGGGACUCCGGUGUGACCUGGGAAACACUGAAAGGCAGAAAGUCAUGUCACACCGGUUUGGGACGUACAGCAGGCUGGAACAUCCCCAUGGGUCUCCUCCAUGAGGACACCAAAGAGUGUGAUUUCUCGAAGUACUUCAGUGAAAGCUGUGCACCGGGAGCAGACCUGGAAUCAAACCUGUGUAAAUUGUGUAAGGGAGCCGAAGGUAUCAGGGGGAUGGUAGACAAAUGCAAAGCCAGCACUGCGGAGCGCUAUUAUGGCUACGCUGGAGCCUUCAGGUGUUUGGCUGAAGGUGCUGGUGACGUGGCCUUUGUUAAGCACAGCACCGUAGCCGAAAACACAGACGGCAAUGGACCAGCCUGGGCUAAGGGUUUGAAAUCAUCAAGCUUUAGGCUGAUCUGUCCCAGUGGCUCUGCUGAAACCACUGAAUAUAAAAUGUGUCAUUUAGCCAGAGUUCCAGCUCACGCUGUUGUCACUCAUCCAGACAAACGUGAUUUUGUGGUUUCAUUCCUCAAGGAGCAACAGGCCCUGUUUGGUCAUUCCAAUUCUUGGGUCGUUUUCAACAUGUUCAAGUCUGAGGGCAGUCAAAAUUUACUCUUUAAGGACUCUACUAAAUGUCUCCAAGAAGUUCCAUCAGGAAAAAACUACAAGGAAUUUCUGGGUAAAGAAUAUAUGACGACGAUAGAUUCGCUGCGCGAGUGUGCCAGUUCAGAACUGGAGAAGGCCUGUACCAUCCACUCCUGCCAAAAGAAAAUCUAAAUGCUCCAGUUUGUCCAAUUGGAGGAAACUUUCUCAUGUUUACACUUAAUCUGUCACUGAUGUAACUGAAAAAAUACAUUUUGGUUUUACUGCUUUUCAACUUAUUUUAGCAAAUUCAAAGAAGAGAAAUCGCAUACCACGUGUGUAACUUGCAACUGCCUAAAACCUGGAUUUGUGUAUCCAUAAUCCAUGCAUGACGACUGCUUGAGAUAUUCAUAAGUAUACAACAGUAUUUUAUCUUCUCACUGCUGCGAGACCUCCUCCUGCGAGAUCUCUCACAGCUUCAAGGGCUCAUGAACAAAAAGCUUCCUUACACUCCACUAUUAAUCCUGUGGUUCCAGAAUACCACAGAUCUCACUAGCGUCCCCUUGCCUUAAGUGAUUCUUCAUUUGGUUGGUCCAGUUUCUGCCUCCAGAGGUGAACCAGACGUUUGGUGUGGAUGAUGAUGUCACUAAGCACAAUGUUCAUGGACUACUAGAAGGAGAACAAAGGGACAGACCCAAUAUUUGUGAACACCAUUUUGGGUCUGGUAUGAGGACAUCCUACCAGUUGUCCUUAUCACUCCAUCACCCUGGGUUUCCACAGGCUUUACAGUAGGUCAGGGCCAUGAGAGGGUCACCAUGCAGAAAUUUGAGCUGACUCUAUUCACAUUUCUUCUCCUGCUGCCUGUACUUAUUUCAUCCUCAGUGCCAAAGGCAAAAAAUAACAGUGUUUGGUUUGUGGAGGUAUACAGCCCUUUAUGGUAGCUCAUACAGCUAGACUUUAAAUAGCUCAUAGAAGAGGAGGACUUCUUGGCCAAGAUACUUUAAAGUUGGUGUUUAAGUAUGUAAGAGUUAUCAUUUUGUCUGUAUGCAGAUAGACAUGGACCUUGCAAAAGUCAGUCAUUAAGGCCACGCACAGUGGAAAACCAUGUAGCAUUGUUGUAUAACAGCUCCAGGGUACUUGGUUCUACUAUGGACUCAGGUUUCUGCAACUGGGGCAUUUUGAUUGUUCUAAUGAUGUCUGUCUAGGUUUCUCAUGGAUUCCCUGAGGGACAUUGCAGUAGAUGUAUUGGAUACAAUAAAUUGCCCCUGUUAUGAAUGAUUGGAGCCCUGGUGCCGUGUGUAUUCCCAUGAUAGCCUCAGUAUCCACCACCAACCUGACCAUAGACAUUUUACCAACUCAUACUAUUGCUUGAUAUUUUUCUUGCUAAUGGACAGGUUUACCUUUGAGCUUGGUAGCAACCUAACACUUGGUCCCCUUCAAUCACAGCAUCCUGUGUCUAGUAUGGGCGGGCAGAGGAUGUGAUCAUCAAUAUGUGUCCAGGCAGACUGGGUGGUUUGUUGACUGUCAAGAUCUUCUCCUUGGUCCUCCACCAAGAGAACUCUUUUGUCAAUGGUGUCAUUGUAUGACAAGCAUAAGUCAAAGAUGAGUUCUGGUCUAAGAGAAAAAGCACCGAUGCCAGAUCGGAUCAGAUCAGACGGAGAAGGUGUCCUAGGUGAUGCUGUGCACACAGUCUCUUGCAAGAGUUCAUAUGAAAGUAAAAACAACCAUGCUUCUUAAUAGCACGAGCUUCUGUGAAUACACUCUGGGCUGUAGGGUGCUGGGCCAGGUACAACAAGGAUGGGGACAGGUACAACAUUUUAAAUUGUGAUGAGUUCCCUCUGCUAGCAGUGGUGGCUUCUCGAUGCUCCAUGUUUUUAGAUAGAGUUGCUGAGUAAUACUGUUGCUGAGUGUGAUGCUAGCCAUAUGUGUGCUGUUCUAACCACAAACCUGGCGAUUACAUUAACAAUAAUGCAAAAGAUAAUUAAUAAUUAGAGACUUUAUUCAUAGCAUCAGGCAAAAGAUACUGAGAUGAACCAAACCCCGGCUAAGUUGCGCAUCUGGGAGCUGUUCAAUGAUGUUGUAUCUUGAUGGUGUGAGUGAAAGGAAAAGAAAAGUGAGUUUACAUAGUCUUUGUGAUUUUUUUUUUUGCAAUUUGUGCAAGCUUUAAUGAAGAUUUUGCACCAUGGGUCCAAAGAAUGUUGUCAAGGACGGUAGCAAGAAAAAAAGGGAGCUGUUUCGUUUGGUUUUUAAAGCAGCUGGUGCCAAAAGGAAUCAUAAUUUAUGAUUAAGUGAAAUUUAAUGUCUAUUUAUUUUAUAUUUGGCUUUAUUUUCUGGUAUUUUCUAAAUGGUUUGAUUGUUUUUAUAAAAUAAUAAUUAUCUAAUAAUGGUGUUGGAAAUUGGCGGCACGGUGGUGUAGUGGUUUGCACUGAUGCCUUGCACCUCCAGGGUCCGGGUUCGAUUCCCGUCUCUGUGUGCAUAGAGUUUGCAUGUUCUCUCCGUGCUUGGUGGGUUUCCUCCCACAGUCCAAAGACAUGAAGGUUAGGUUAACUGGUGUUCCAAAUUGCCCAUAGUGUGUGAAUGUGUGUGUAUGUCUGUGUGCCCUGUGAUGGAUUGGCACCCUGUCCAGGAUCUACCCUGCCUCGUGCCCUAAGUCUCCCGGGAUAGGCUCCAGGCCCCUGCAACCCUGAAUACAGGAUUAAGCAGUAAUGACGAUGAGUGAGUGAGUGAGUGUUGGUAAUAUUUUUGGCGGCUGGAAUGAAUUAUCUGCAUUUAUAUUUUUUCCUAUGGAACAAUACGUUUCACAAUACGAAAUUUCACCCUAAAAACUCGCCUCCGGAAUGGAUUAAAUUCGUAUGCCGUGGUACCGCUGUAUAUCACCAAAUUCGCAUAGCUUUGUAGUUACCCAAUCUUCUCCUUCAGGCUUCACACUGUGCAAUAACACAACAAGCCACUUGUACGGAUCAGUAUUUUGCUGAGGACGAGGCCAUGUUUCAGUACCGAUGACCAUCAAGGAUCUGAUAUAAAUAUAUUAAUUAGGAGUAAACAGUUUGACAGAAAAAAGGAUGAACUUGACUAAACUUGGAGAGGUAGAAAUACUGUACCUCUGUACCUUGUACAGUAGAGCACAAUGACAACAUUUAUAUAUAUACAUACAGUAUAUAUAUAUAUAUAUAUAUACUGUAUGUAUUCAAAAAAAUGCAAAUUAAUGUUACUUAUCAUUAUUUUUAUUUCUUUUUGCUAUUUCCCCCCUUCUUUCUUUCUUUUUUUUUUGUUCAGUUUAUUGUGUUUUUUAUUUGUUAUUGAACUGUAUUUUAUUAAAUAACUAAGUACCCCCCCCCCCACACAC